GUUUUUCUUCAUAAUAAAACAAGACUUGAACAUCGUCGGUGACAGGUCUUCCUUGCCAACAAUUCCCCAAUUCCUUACGGUUGUUUCUCCAGUUUUCAGCCACUUCCCUGCCGGCUCCACGACAUCUUCAACCCCAAGCCCCGUUCGAACAUACCCCACCAUGGGCGAAUCAAGACAAGAGUUGCUGGCAUGGCUUAACAACCUGCUGCAGUUGAACAUGACUAAGAUUGAGCAGUGCGGUACUGGUGCCGCUCUGUGUCAAAUCUUCGACUCGAUAUUCAUGGAUGUCCCCAUGUCUCGCGUCAAAUUCAACGUGAACUCCGAAUAUGCCUAUCUCCAGAACUUCAAGGUCCUUCAGAACGUCUUCGCGAAGCACCAAGUCGACAAGCCCAUUCCCGUCGAGCAGCUCAGCAAAUGCCGCAUGCAGGACAACCUGGAAUUUCUCCAGUGGACCAAGAGAUACUGGGAUCAGCACUACCCUGGCGGUGACUACGAUGCGGUCGGCCGUCGCAAGGGCUCUGGUGCUCCUCCCUCCGGACCUGCUUCUCGCACUAGCUCCAGCGCUGCCACCGCUCGCCGUGGCACGACCCCGACUGUGGGUGCUGCUCGGGCCCGGGCUGCUCCCGCGGCUGUCUCGGUCAACACCGCUGCUCUGCAGCAGGAGAUUGCGACCCAGAAGGAAGCCAUCGCCGGGUUGGAGAAGGAGCGGGACUUCUACUUCGCCAAGCUCCGGGACAUCGAGCUGCUGCUGCAGAGCGCGAUUGAGCAGGACCCUGAGUUGGAGAAGGACGAGGACUCAUUGGUGAAGCACAUCCAGGGUAUCUUAUACUCGACGGAGGAGGGAUUUGAGAUCCCCGAGGCGGAGGCCGGCGCGGACGAGCUGGAGACCUUCUGAGCGCCUUAUAACGUUGGUCUUCAAUAUUAAUACCCCCUUCAUAGCACACUGCGCAAGCGUUCGGUCGUCGUUUGACGACGUUGAUUAUGUUUCUUUUUCUCUUCUCUUUCGAUGUUCAUUUUGCUACAUAUUCUGCCUAGUAUUCUGCCUAGACCGUUGGUCAAGAUGAUGCCUGAUUUGGAGAGGGGUGAGAUGAGACGAUACGUAAGAUCAGAAAAGGGGUGUAAGAACGGAACACAUGCGUUUUGUUUUUUGAGAUGCCGAUGGGAGUGGGGUUUCUGAAGAAAGCUUUGUAUAGUCGAGUCGCGAUAAGGGAAAGCUAGGCAGCCAGCUUGUCAA